CGGGCGGGGCGGCCGGCAGCGCCAGCGGCAGCGGCGGCCACAGCAGCUCCGCCGGCAGCCGCGGGAGCACGGAGACGCCAGCGGCGGGAAGGGAAAAGGCCAAAGCAUCAGCAUAUGAAGACCACAAAGACAAUCCCGUGUACAGUUGUGAACGGCGUUCCUGCUAGGCCCCUCCUGCAGAUCAUCUGAAAUGAACCUCUCUUAUUGAUUUUUGUUGGCCUAGAGCCGGGAGGACUGCAUUCAGUUGAUUUUCAGGGUGAGAAGAAAACAGCCCUGGUUGUUGUCAUCAUACACAUAUGGACCAGUGUGAUGGUGAAAUGAGAUGAGGCUCCGCAAUGGAACUGUAGCCACUGCGUUAGCAUUUAUCACUUCCUUCCUUACUUUGUCUUGGUAUACUACAUGGCAAAAUGGGAAAGAAAAACUGAUUGCUUAUCAACGAGAAUUCCUUGCUUUGAAAGAACGUCUUCGAAUAGCUGAACAUAGAAUCUCACAGCGCUCUUCUGAAUUAAAUACCAUUGUGCAACAGUUCAAGCGUGUAGGAGCAGAAACAAAUGGAAGUAAGGAUGCAUUGAAUAAGUUUUCAGGUAAUACCCUAAAGCUGUUAAAGGAGUUAACAAGCAAAAAAUCUCUUCAAGUGCCAAGUAUUUAUUAUCAUUUGCCUCAUUUAUUGAAAAAUGAAGGAAGUCUUGAACCUGCUGUGCAGAUUGGCAAUGGAAGAACAGGAGUUUCCAUAGUCAUGGGCAUUCCUACAGUGAAAAGAGAAGUUAAAUCUUACCUCAUAGAAACUCUUCAUUCCCUUAUUGAUAAUCUGUAUCCUGAAGAGAAGUUGGACUGUGUGAUAGUAGUCUUCAUAGGAGAGACAGAUAUUGAUUAUGUACAUGGUGUUGUAGCCAACCUGGAGAAAGAAUUUUCUAAAGAAAUCAGUUCUGGCUUGGUGGAAGUCAUAUCACCCCCUGAAAGCUACUAUCCGGACUUGACAAACCUAAAGGAGACAUUUGGAGACUCCAAAGAAAGAGUAAGAUGGAGAACAAAGCAAAACCUAGAUUACUGUUUUCUAAUGAUGUAUGCUCAAGAAAAGGGCGUAUAUUACAUUCAGCUUGAAGAUGAUAUUAUUGUCAAACAAAAUUAUUUUAAUACCAUAAAAAAUUUUGCACUUCAACUUUCUUCUGAGGAAUGGAUGAUUCUAGAGUUUUCCCAGCUGGGCUUCAUUGGUAAAAUGUUUCAAGCGCCGGAUCUUACUCUGAUUGUAGAAUUCAUAUUCAUGUUUUACAAGGAGAAACCCAUUGAUUGGCUCCUGGACCAUAUUCUCUGGGUGAAAGUCUGCAACCCUGAAAAAGAUGCAAAACACUGUGAUAGACAGAAAGCAAAUCUGCGAAUUCGCUUCAGACCUUCCCUUUUCCAACACGUUGGUCUGCACUCGUCACUAUCAGGAAAAAUCCAAAAACUCAUGGAUAAAGAUUACAUGAAGCCGUUACUUCUUAAAAUCCAUGUAAACCCACCCGCAGAGGUGUCUACUUCCUUGAAGGUCUACCAAGGGCAUACGCUGGAGAAGGCUUACAUGGGAGAAGAUUUCUUCUGGGCCAUCACGCCGAUAGCUGGAGACUACAUCUUGUUUAAAUUUGAUAAACCAGUCAAUGUAGAAAGUUAUUUGUUCCAUAGCGGCAACCAAGAACAUCCUGGAGACAUUCUGCUAAACACAACUGUGGAAGUUUUGCCUUUUAAGAGUGAAGGUUUGGAAAUAAGCAAAGAAACCAAAGACAAACGAUUGGAAGAUGGUUAUUUCAGAACAGGAAAAUUUGAGAAUGGUGUUGCAGAAGGAAUGGUGGAUCCAAGUCUCAAUCCCAUUUCAGCCUUUCGACUUUCAGUUAUUCAGAAUUCUGCUGUUUGGGCCAUUCUUAAUGAGAUUCAUAUUAAAAAAGCCACCAACUGAUCAUCUGCUGAGAAACCAACACAUUUUUUCCUGUGAAUUUGUUAAUUAAAGAUAGUCAAGCAUGUAUCUUUUUUUUUUUAUUUCUACUUGAACACUACCUCUUGUGAAAUCUACUGUAGAUAAGACAAUUGUCAUUUCCACUUGGAAAGUGAAUCUCCCAUAAUAACUGUAUUCGUUUGAAACUAAGCUGCCCUCCGAUUUUAGCUUGACUCAAACAUUUUUCAAUUAUGACAGCCUGUUAAUAUGACUUGUACUAUUUUGGUAUUAUACUAAUACAUAAGAGUUGUACAUAUUGUUACAUUCCUUAAAUUUGAGAAAAACUAAUGUUGCAUACAUUUUAUGAAGGGGGUACUUUUGAGGUUCACUUAUUUUACUAUUCUAGACCCUCUUUUAUAGAUUAUCAGGGAUUAUAUAUAUAAAUAUAUAAAUAUACAUAAAAAUGUUAUGGAAUUAAUUUAUUAGAAACACUUAAGAAGUACAUAUUUUUGUGCAGUAGAUUUUUGAAUCGAUACUUUUUUUGAAAACCAGUUACCUUGCUUUUUUAAGUUCUUUCUAUAUUUUUCUUUGGAAAUGCAAACAUUACAAAUCAAUGCCAUUUUUCAAAUGCACUGCCAUUUAAGAUUGAUUAUAGAUGGAUUUCUUAACUGAAGUGCUUUUAUAAUCACAGUGACUGAACAAAAUAUUUUCAAAGACAUUUGUCAUUCCUUAAAGCCAAGAUUUUAAAGACUAAUGUCCUUCCUGAGGGUUACUUUACUAUACUGUGUAUGGUGUAUAGCCACAGAAAGUCAGUCUGAUAAAUUUUCAAUGUGUUAGUGUGAUGCAUUCAACCCAGAUUAUUGUAGACUUAACUUACUAUAUUUCCUCUGAUAUGUAAAAUGACAAACUCUUCUUUCCUUUUUAAUCUUUGUCUUUAAUCCAUGAAUUAGGUGCAUUAUCUCCUGUUGAUUCUUUUAUAUCUGCACUCAUUUUAUGAGUUCUGACAAAUGUUUUCUAGGUGUUGUUAUUGUAUGAGUCAUACUUGGUAUAAUUUUAAAGAAAAAUUGUAAUAUUGUUUUUUGGCAAAAUAUAUUAGUAGUAGUAUAUUUUCCAAAAUGAUUUCAUUGUAGUAUGAACUGAUAAGUGAGUCCCGUGUCCAGGAGAGUGUAUUUAUUACUCUUAAACAUGCAAUUCCAAAUGAUAUUACUGCUAUAAACAAAGAAUAUUACCGGUCUCAGCAAUCAGUGAUCUUUAUAAAACUAGUUUUAAAAAAUGAUGAAUUGUCGGCCAGGCGUGGUGGCUCACGCCUGUAAUCCCAGCACUUUGGGAGGCUGAGGUGGGUGGAUCACGAGGUCAGGAGAUGGAGACCAUCCUGGCUAACACGGUGAAACCCCGUCUCUACUAAAAAUACAAAAAAAAAAAAAAAAAAAAAAAAUUAGCCGGGCGUGGUGGCGGGCGCCUGUAGUCCCAGCUACUCAGGAGGCUGAGGCAGGAGAAUGGCGCGAACGCGGGAGGCGGAGCUGGCAGUGAGCAGAGAUCGCGCCACUGCACUCCAGCCUGGGCAAUGGAGCAAGACUCCAUUUCAAAAAAAAAAAAGAUGAGUGAUCAACACCAGUUCCCAGCCAGUCUCCUGGACACACUGGGGUGCCACAAGUGGGUUGCAGGUUGGUUGCAGAUGGGCAGAGAUGGAUUCUGCUGAGCUUUCAGAGUGGCCGCCGGCUGGGGCCUAGCGCUGGGGCAAGGUUCCAGCUGGCUGCCUCUAUCCUGGGGGAGCUUCAUCUAGUUACCCAAUGUGCUGAACCAACAGCAUCAAAUAGCUUCAUUUCCUGUGCAGUGUUAGGAAGUACAAACGUUUGGAAACACUGAUACAGUACAAUUACUUCCAUCACUCCAUGUUGUUACAAUUUUUAGCUACUUUUCUUGAUUGAAAAGUCAAUCACGUUGCCAAAAAUGAUUUUUAUGUCAGUUUAAGGCCAGUUGAAAUUUUUUUAUUAGGAUGUUUUAAAUUUACUUUUUACUUUCUUGAAUUUUUUUCUUCUCAAAUUUCCUUGGCCCAGUGCCCACAAGCAAAUUUCAUUCAAAAACAGCAAUAACCUUUCAUCAUAAAAUUUUGCCACCAGCUUGGCAUACUAAAUGCCCGCAAAAAUAACUGAGUAACCAGAGGUAAAAAUCCGUGCAGGUGGGCUUAGGAGUCCCCUUGGAUCCCUGGCUCCUCAGUUGCCAACUCUGGUUUCAUGAAGAAAGACCAUGCUCUGGAAAUCUAGGGAGGAGAAAGUUAGUGUAGCACCUGGUGUGACUUGUUACAACUUCUUUAAAGACAGUCUGCCUGGCUCGCUUUUUCCUGUUUUCACGCAGUUUCCCUCCCAGCAUCAGCCUACCUGUUCCUAAGAAACUCAUUCUUGUUCCCAAGACUCCUUUUAGUCAAAUCUUUCCUAUCAUUCCUGGACUUCCUUGUACUUCCCUCCCCAUGAAUCUACCAGUGCCUAGGGUGGGCCAGGCACAAGGCAGGUGGCCAGUUAGCAUCUGGAUGUGGGACCAGUUUUUCCAGCUGCCCUCCCCUUUCUCUCUCUUUUUUUUAUUAUUAUUUUGUAUUAUUUUUGAGACAGGGUCUCGCUUUGUUGCCCAGGCUGGAGUGCAGUGGUGCUCUCACAGCUCACUGCAGCCUCGACCUCUGGUCUCAAGCGAUUCUCCUGCUUCAGCCUCCCAAAGUGCUGGGAUUAUAGGUGUAUGCCACCAUGCCCAGCCCGCUUUCUCUUUCUUAACUCCCUCUCCCUGCUGUUGUUGCCAUACUCUUGCAUACACAAUUAGCUGUCUAGUUUUGGACUGUUUGUGGAUAAGUUUGUGUGUAUGGUGUGUGUUGUCUCUCUCACCAGAUUUCAGGUUCCUGAGGCGAGCCUGCAGCUCAUACUGCUCAUCUGUCCUCUCCUGUGAUGGGUGCUCAGGGCCUCUCAGUAUUAGUUACUCCCUCCGUCCUGCCCAGUUCUGCACUCAACUAGUAGAAGCAGCCAUCCUUUCCCCAGCAAGAAAUUGUAGUGGUCGCCCUUAAGAGCAGUGUGAGGGCAGAAGAUUAAGGGAGGGGAAGAGUCCCUGGAACUGGAAGAAGGUAAAUACUCUGCCUUGAGAGGGCACUGAACCAUUUUACCAAAAUAGGAAAUGGAAAAAGUGUCAAGGGUUGGGACUAGUUUUAAAAACACAUACAGCCAGUAGACACAUGGGCGCUGUUUAAAUAAUUUUUUUUUUUACUUGGUUCUGCCAUCGCAUGCACUAGUGACAUUCCAAGUACUCAGUGGCCAUGUGGGACUACUGACCACCACACUGGACACCACGGAUGCAGAACUUUUCCGUCGCCACAGAGAGCUCUGUUGACCAGUAAUGUGUCCAGAGUGCUCGUUAUGAACAGUUUAGAAACCACAAUUAAUACAUUCUCCUUAUGAGGUUAAAAGCAGACAUGGGAAUAGAACAUAACGCAAAUGAUGAUGAGUAUUUUGGGUGAGAAGAGAAAGCCGAGGACCCAUUUCUAGAAUUCUAAGAUGUAAGAUUUCUUAAGUUCUUUAUCUUAGUCUCAUGCAUUCUCCACAUCAUGCACUGUACCAUACUGUGUACCAUACUGUGUAGUCAGAACAGACAAUGUGAUUGAAAAGCUUUGGAAAAAGUUAACACAAAGGAUUAUUUAGCACAUAGGCUGUAGAUAUGUAUGUGUGUAUUUAUUCAAGUAUUGGAGAUGGUUGAAUACCUUUGAACAAAGUGUAUAGCUUCUCAAAUCAGUGGUUGCACUAGUUAAUAAUUAGGUGUUAUAAAACUAUAAGCAAAAUUAUGAAGGCCUUUAAAAAAAUCUAUCAUAAUAAUGAAAAAGAGGUUGUCUCCCAACAGUGCUGUCCCUCAAAGAAAAGAUUGGUUAUGUGGAAACAGCACAUUUGGAGAUUGUUCUAGUCAAUAGCAGUGUAUAUUUGUGGUACGCAAAUUUCUAAGAAUGACCCCUACUGACACCCCUGCCAAUGACCUUGUAUAAUAUCCUCCCCCUCUGAGCAUGGGUGGAACCUGUUUGAUCCGUAAUAUCAUGUUAUGUAGCAAAAGGAAGACUGUCUGGGGGUGGCUAAUCAAAUCUCGUGACUCCUUUAGAAGCAGAGUUUCCUCGGGCUGGUAGCAGAAGUCAGAGACAAAGCAGAAGGACCCCAGGCACCAUUGCUGUUUUAAGCAGAAGGACCCCAGGCACCAUUGCUGUUUUAAGGUAGGGGGGCUGCAUGAGAAAGAAUGCACGUGGCUUUAAGGAGCUGAGAGAGGCCUUGGCUGUUAGCCAAGGAGCUGGGAACUACAGUCCUACAGCCACGGGAACUGAAUUCAGCUCAUUCAUGGGCUUGGAAAGGCACUCAUCUCCAGUCUCCAGGUAAGACCCAGCCUGGCCAACACUUUGAGUCCAGCCUUGUGAGACCCUAAGCCGAGAACUCAGUUAAGCCUGCUUGGACUUCUGACCUACAGAACUAUCAGAUAAUGACUCAGUGGUGUUUUAAGCUGCUAAAUUUGUGGCAAAUUUGUUAUGUCGGAAUAGGAAAUGAAUACAGUAUUUUGAAAGAGGUAAAGAGGAACUCUUCGUACUUGAUUCCCUGUAGUACGCUGGAUCUUUCUUGGUAAAUGCGUGAAUAAAGUCGUCAGUAGCAAGUCAUGUACCUGGACUUCGUUGGGGAUGUUCUCCGCCAGAGAUCUGUUCGUCUUCGUUGGAUGUUUGUUGGCAAAGUUGCAGCAUCUUACUGGGUAGCGUUUUGUAAAGGAACUGCUAGAAUGAGACUAUAGGAAUAGGACUGCAACAGUGUACAAUGAAUCUUUUUUAUUUCUAGAAGAGGUGUUACUUUAUGCUGAUUUAGACUGCUCUGAGCCUGUCAGAAGUAAAUUCAAGAAUGAUUAACUGGUAUUUUAGAUAUAACAUUAAGAGCAAAAACAACCUUUGCUUUGUAGAGAUCAGAUAAUCUGUUUAUCGAGGGACUUAAUUUUUUUUAACCAAAACUUAGUUUCUCUUCUUAUCAUCUAGAACAGAUCAAAUCCUGUAUGGGCCAGCCAAAUGUUUGCAGUUUGAGAAUGUUUUGCAAAUGCCUCUCUGCUUCCAAGCCAUUAAUAGCGAAUGAAGUUUUAUUUUGUCCAUUAAUUUUUGUGCUUAUUUUUACUGUAUUGCCAUGGCCUUGAUACAAGUAGAACUAAAAGAAAGAAAAUGAGAGGUUAAGACUGUCAAAAGUUAAGAAAUGUGAGUCAUAAUCAUACCUUAAUGUUUUAAGGAAACUUUAUCCAAUCCAAUCCCUUUAUAGAAAAGGAACUUUUUCAAGCUAUGUUGCAAUAUUUACAGUGUGUAAAAUUUUGUUUGACUUUGGUAGUUGUGCAUUUUAAAUUAUUGAUCUUAUAUGCUACGAUAACUAGUAUGCCUACUUUCUUUAGUGCAUGUGAUCAUACAGUGCUAAAAAGAUAUUUUUUAAAGACCCAAACAAACUGAGGAUUUUCUUACACGUAUCUGUAUCAACACCUAUAUAUAAACUCCUCUCUUCUUACCUGAAACACUCCUUCACCAGUUUGGGCACUAACUAGAUCCUUUUCAAAGGAACAGACAGGAGCGAGCGAGCUGGCACUCCAGAGUGCGUCUGAGCUGAGAAUUUAGAAGACCUUAUUCAGGAAAGGAAACUGAGCAUGGACGGGAAAGCACUUUGCGCAAAGUAUCAUUCCCACUGUUAACGCUGCAGUAAAAAUUGUACAAAAAAAAAAAAAUAGUGGUGCUAACAUUGUUCUAAAAUGAAGAUUGUUUUGUUGUGGGGAAUACUGUAAUACGUUUGGGCUUUAGGGAGGCUGUGUUGUGUCACUUGCUCCCAGUUGUUUCGUUGUAUUAAUUAGCAAACUGUCCUGGAACCGAGGGUUUGGUACUUUUGCUUGAUUAGCAUUCCAUUAUUUAUUUGAAAUGCUCAGUGUUUGCUCAAAUUUGGUGAAAAUAUCUUUUGAAGACAUAUUCUCUGAGCCUUAAAAACGGCUGCUAUCGACAGUACUGUAAGAUGCACUGCCAGUAGAUUUGAUGCUUUUCAUUUCAGUGGAGGCAGUAAUGUUUUCUAAGAAAGAUUUAGAAAUCAGCAUAACUGUGUUUCAUUUAUGGAAUGAAAAAACUGAAGUGUCCCAUUCAGAACACUUUGGAAAGGUUAUCUUUGCAUUAGGUGAUGUUUCUGGAAGCAUCCCUCAGAGAAGCUGCCUGAGGAAUCUCCUUGCCAGGUUGUACCAGCUUUUUUUUUUUUUUCCUUAAAUGUAUUGUAUAUAUUUUCCUUAAAAUGUCUUCAUUGGCUGAAUGAUUCGUAUCUGUAGUAAUAUUUUAGGUACUUGUUGGAUUUUUAAAGGAAGAUUAUUUAUUUUCAGAUUUGCUGCUAUAAUUGAAAACCUAAUAACUGGUCCUGUUGAUUGUGCCUUUCAUCACUGUUUUUCUGUGCCACGACCGUUCAUGCGUAUUUGAAAUAAAGAAGUUUAAAAAGCCA